AUGGCAACGGAGAGAUUCUCUUCUCCGCCAGCCACACCGCAAGAGGAAAACGCUCUCUUUCUGGAUAUACUUCAUGAAGCUCCUUUAUUUGCUCAUCGCAAGCCUGCAAGGAUUGUUGGAAGUGUUUUCUAUUGCAUGAUACUGGCAGGUUAUACUACUUUGGCUGUAGGAGCUCAAUGGAUAUUUCGUCCCGUGCAAGGAUUGAUUUCUCCUGUGUUAUGCAGUUGUGAUGUUCUUCUAAUGCUGUUGACAGGAAUCUUUCAGCAAUAUCUAGUUUAUCAAGUGCAUAAGAUACGGUUGCAGGGCUAUUAUAGUUUCAGCCAGAAGUUGAAAUUUAUUGUUCGCAUACCCUUUGCCAUUACCGCUUAUGGUACUGCUGCAAUGCUACUUGUUAUAGUUUGGAAACCUUACACUGGUUUUCUGUCAAUCUCUGCAAUAUUGAGGAUUAUUAUGGUAGUCGAAGCAUUAUGUGCUGGAUGUUUUAUGAGCCUUUAUAUUGGUUACAUACACCAGUACAAUUCAUUGAACUCACAUCCUGAUGUUCUGAAGUCCUUAUAUUCACCACUACAACCAGCAAGUUCUUUGGAGGGUCUAAGGUACCAUGAUGGUAGGCUCUCUGAUCAACAAAUGGCUUUGUUGCAAUAUCAGCGUGAAAAUCUUCAUUUUUUGAGUGAGGAGAUUCUUCGUUUGCAAGAGUCUUUAAGUAAAUAUGAACGAACCGAAGAUCGGAGUACAUCUCAGGUUGAUCUUGCUCAUCUACUGGCAGCUCGUGAUCAAGAAUUGCGUACAAUUUCUGCAGAGAUGAACCAAAUGCAAUCUGAACUAAGGCUUGCACGGUCUUUAAUUGCUGAAAGGGACUCAGAAACCCAGCGUGUCCGCAUGACCAACAAUCAGUAUGUAGAAGAGAAUGAAAGACUCAGAGCUAUUUUAGGAGAAUGGAGCACCCGAGCAGCCAAGCUUGAGCGAGCGCUGGAGACCGAGCGUAUGUCAAAUAUUGAAUUACAAAGGAAGAUUUCAACGCUAAGAAGCCAAACACAUAUGUCAGUAGAAGCAACUGAUCAAGGAGGUUAA